AUGGCGGUGCGGGCUCUGGCGGGGGCCCUGGCCCUGCUGCUCUGGGGCUGGGCGCUGGCUCCAGCAGGGGCCAUGGAUGCCAUGGGCCCUCACGCGGCUGUCCGCCUGGCCGAGCUGCUGACCCCGGAGGAGUGCGGCCACUUCCAGUCGCUCCUGAAGGCGCCGGAGCCGGACGUCGAGGCUGAGUUGGCCAGGCUUUCCGAGGACCAGCUGGCGCGGCCGGAGCCGGUGCCCACGUCGGCGUUGCCGGGUCGGCUGCGGAGGCAGCGGCGCGAGGCGGCUGGCCCGGAGGCCGAGCCCGAGGACGUGUCCGACGGCUGCCGCGAGGGGCUGGCAACCUGGUUGGCUGCUGAGGCUCCAUCCCUGUCAUGGGACCGUGUGGCCCGGGCCCUGCGGCGCAGCGGUCGCCCGGACGUGGCCCGGGAGCUGGGCAAGAACCUCCACCAACAGGCGGCGCUGCAGCUGCGCAAGUUCGGGCAGCGCUACCUGCCACCGCCUGGCGUCCCCGCCCCGGCCCCGGCCCCGGCCCCCGCCCCCGCCCCGCGCCUCCGCCGCGCCUCGGUCCCCGAGACCAAUUGGGACGAGCUGGAGCUGAUCGUGGAGCGACUGCCCCAGGCGCCGUACGAGCGGAGCCCCACAGGCUGGGCCGGGCCGCUGGCGCUCGGCUUCCUCACCGGCUUCGGUGGAGCGCUGGGCGUCGGGGCGCUGCUCAUCCUGCUCACGCCGUGGAUCACGGGUGGCGACGGCGUGCGGUCCCAUAGUCCCCGGCCGCCCGCCCCUCCCCUCCUGGGGCCCGCUGGGGCGCCCCGCUUCGGGGAAGUGGAGCCGCUUUUGACUGCAUCCCCGGGGCCCUGGGCUGCAGGUGGACCAGACCCCUCCUUGCCUCCAUGUCCCUGGCUGUGA